AUGUUGAAAAAUUACUCUAGUGCCACUGAAUUUUAUCUCCUUGGCUUCCCUGGCUCUAAAGAACUACACAAUAUUCUCUUUGCCACCUUCUUUUUCUUCUACUCUGUGUCAUUAAUUGCAAACAUGGUCAUCAUCUUUAUGGUCUGUGUUGAUAAACGUCUGCAGACCCCCAUGUAUUUCUUCCUGGGUCACCUCUCUGUCCUAGAGAUGCUGACCACAACUGUGAUUGUCCCCUUGAUGCUCUGGGGUCUGCUCCUUCCGGGGAUGCAGGCAAUAUCCUUGACUGCCUGUUGUGUACAACUGUAUUUGUACCUGUCUUUGGGAACGUCAGAGUUCAUAUUAUUUGCUGCGAUGGCUGUGGACCGUUAUGUGGCUGUUUGUAACCCUCUGUGGUACAACAUCGUUAUGAACAGCCACACCUGUCUCUGGGUGGUAAUUGUGUCCUGGGUAUUUGGCUUCCUGUUUGAAAUCUGGCCAGUCUAUGCCACGUCUCAUCUUACUUUCUGCAAAUCAAAUGUGCUAAACCAUUUUUACUGUGACCGAGGACAGCUGUUCAAACUAUCGUGUGAUAAUAGCCUUUUCACUGAAUUUAUUCUUUUUUUAAUGGCUGCUUUUGUACUUUUUGGUUCUUUGAGCCCUACAAUCGUCUCCUACCUCUACAUCAUCUCCACCAUCCUCAAGAUCCCUUCAGGAUCUGGCCGGUGGAAAGCCUUCUCUACCUGUGCCUCCCACUUCACCUGUGUUGUGAUCGGCUACAGCAGCUGUUUGUUCCUCUUUGUGAAACCCAAGCAAACGCAGGCCGCUGAGUACAACAGGGUAGCAUCACUGAUGGUUUUAGUGGUGACCCCAUUUCUGAAUCCUUUUAUCUUCACCCUCCGAAAUGACAAAUUCACAGAGGUGUUUCGAGAUGCCGCAAAAAGCUGCUAUGGACUCCUCAAGGCUUAG